AUGUCUCAGAAACCUCAACAACCAGUCUUGUCCGGCGCCGUUGAUCCUUAUGAGUCUCCUUACAUUAGAAGGAACCCUGAUGGUUCCGUCAACCGUAUCAUGUCUUUUCCGACCACCGUAGCCACACCAGACGCUGACUCUCCGUCACCCGUUCUCUCCAAAGACAUUCUUCUUAAUCCUAACCACGCAACCUUCCUCCGAAUAUUCAUCCCUCGCAGAGCAAUAUCUUCUUCCUCUUCUUCCCCCUCCUCCUCCAAUUUGCCUCUAAUUGUGUACUUCCAUGGAGGUGGCUUUGUUUUGCUUAGUGCUUCUUCCUCUAUAAACCAUGACUUCUGUUCCGAAAUGGCAAACCAAAUCCCUGCCGUCGUAGUCUCUGUCCAGUACCGCCUUGCUCCGGAAGCCCGGCUUCCGGCUGCCUAUGACGACGCCGUGGAAGCGUUGCGGUGGUUGAAAGCCACCGACGAGAAAUGGAUACGUGAAUUUUCCGACGUCUCUAGAUGCUACCUCGUGGGCACUAGUGCGGGUGGCAACAUGGCUUAUCAUGUCGGACUACGUUUAGCAGCAGCCGUUGAUGAGUUUGGACCUAUGAAGAUCAAAGGGGUGAUAUUGCACCAUCCAUUUUUCAGUGGGUCCCAGAGGACUGAAUCAGAGGUAAGGCUGGCCAUCAACCCGACUCUGCCGCUCAGUGGGAGUGAUCUAAUGUGGGAGCUCGCACUGCCCGAGGGUGCGGACAGAGAUCACGAGUAUUGCAAUCCAACGGUGACUCAUGAUUGGAGAACUCGGUUUGACGAAAUUGGACGAUUGGGAUGGGAGAUAUUAUUAGCAGCGUGCGAUGGAGACCCAAUGGUUGAUCGACAGAUGGAGUUGGUGAAGAUGUUGCGAAGCAGAGGAAUCAAGACGGUGGAACACGUUGGGGAAGGCCAUCAUGGAAUGGAUCUCGUAGAUCUAAGCAGAGCUGGCCCACUCUUUAACCUCAUGAGAGGCUUCGUAUGCCCCUCCUGCGGAGAUUUUCAAUCAUCCAGUAAAUUUUAA